UUGUGUGAGAGCGCCAGACCUUCCUUCGGCAAUCGCUCGUGUCUCGUGUCUCGUGUCUGGCUUCUCUCAGUCUCAGUUUGCUCUCAGCUCUCUCAUCGCUCGCCAGGAGCUCUCACUGCUUUUUUCAACUGAAAACGCCGGUUAGUUACCGCUUGUCAACACCCUAACAGAAAUAGAAACGUGGUCGCAUGCUGGCAUAGUUCGAAACUUUUUCCAGUUCGGUUCAAUUAUGCAAACUGUUGUAAAAUAUUGAAACCCGGUGAUAAUGUGUAGUGUGUUCUCGGUUCACCUGACAGAUUUGAAAUAACCGUCGUUUAUCAACUCAUUAGUGCUACUUCAGUUGGGUUAUUGUGCAAGGAAUAGCUUUGUCCAGAUCUUGAAGAUGUUUGCCAAAAGGCUACAGAAAAGGAAGGGAAUGGAGCGCUCUCUGCACGAAAGAGACAGAGUGGGGGUGCAGGACUGUGUGCUCCUCGAGGACUACACGUCUGAGAAAGCCUUCGUGGAAAAUCUUCAACGGAGAUUCAAGGAGAACUUGAUUUAUACUUAUAUUGGCCAGGUGCUGGUAUCAGUGAACCCUUACCGGAAUUUGCCAAUCUAUGGAGAAGAUGCAAUUGCUGAAUAUGAAAACACACACAUUUUUGAAGCGCCACCUCACGUAUAUGCUAUCACAGACGCAGCAUACAGAUCUCUCCUUGAGGAGCACAGAGAGCAGUGCAUUCUCAUAUCAGGUGAAUCAGGCUCGGGCAAGACAGAAGCAUCGAAGAAGGUGCUGCAGUACAUAGCAGCCGUGUCGCAGCACAAAGGCCGCGUCGAAAAUGUCAAAGACAAACUGCUGCAAUCCAAUCCGGUUCUCGAAGCAUUCGGCAAUGCCAAGACCAAUCGCAACGACAACUCCAGCCGGUUCGGCAAAUACAUGGACAUACAGUUCAAUUUUCUUGGUGAGCCAGUCGGUGGGAAUAUCCUUAACUACCUGCUGGAAAAGUCGCGAGUUGUCCAUCAGAGCAAGGGAGAGCGCAACUUCCACAUUUUCUACCAACUGCUCUCUGGCGGUAACGAUCUACUGCUCUCAAAACUAUUGCUGGAACGAGACUUAUCUCAAUACACAUACUUCACAGAUGAGGUGAAGGGCGAAGGAUUGAGCCAACCGGCCGAUUCUGUGCAAUUUAGGGAAGUGCAGCGAGCCAUGCAAGUGAUGGAACUGUCAGACGGUGAGCAGGAGGAGAUAUUCACCAUAGUGGCCAGCAUACUGCAUCUCGGCAAUGUGGGCUUCUCCGAGGAAGAGGGCAUUGCUUUCAUUCCCAACCGGGUUCCCGUUUCCAAAGUUGCUAAGCUGCUGGGCUGUUCGGAAAGCGAGCUGGAACAAGCGCUGACGCACCGCACAAUCGACGCCCGGGGCGACGUGGUGACGUCGCCGCUGAACCGUGAGCUGGCCGUCUACGCCAGAGACGCACUCGCCAAAGCUGUCUACGACCGCCUCUUCACCUGGCUCGUGCAGCGGCUCAACAAGUCCCUGCAACCUGCACACCAUAAGAACAAUACUGUCAUGGGCAUUCUUGACAUCUAUGGAUUUGAGAUAUUCCAGACCAAUAGUUUUGAACAGUUCUGCAUCAAUUACUGCAAUGAGAAGCUGCAGCAAGUGUUCAUUGAACUGACACUGAAAUCAGAGCAGGAAGAGUAUUUGAAGGAAGGCAUCGAAUGGGAGCCCGUGCAAUAUUUCAACAAUAAAGUCAUUUGCAACCUCAUCGAGGAGAAGUAUAAAGGCAUAAUCUCUUUGCUGGACGAGGAAUGCCUGCGACCCGGCGAGCCGACCGACCUGAGCCUACUGACCAAGCUGAACGACCAGCUGAACUGCCACGACCACUUCACGGGCCACCGCAAGGCCGACAAGAAUGUGCGCAAGACCAUGGGUCGCGACCAGUUCAUACUGGUGCACUACGCCGGCGAGGUCACCUACAACAUUUCCGGCUUCAUUGAGAAGAACAACGACCUCCUGUUCAGGGACCUCAGGGAGGUGAUGGGCACUACGCACAAUUCGAUUACGAGAUCCGUGUUCCCAGCCAGCUCAAGUCGUAGGAGGCCGGAAACAGCCGCCACCCAGUUUAAGGCCAGUCUCAAUCAGCUGAUGGCCAUUCUCAUGAACAAGGAGCCCUCCUACAUCCGGUGCAUCAAGCCUAAUGACUUCAAGAUGCCAGGGCAAUUCAACGAGGAGAUAGUGACUCAUCAGGUGAAAUACCUGGGACUGAUGGAGAAUUUGAGAGUGCGUAGGGCCGGCUUCGCUUACCGACGCUGCUACGCCGAAUUCCUGCAGCGCUACAAGUGCCUGUCGCCCGCUACCUGGCCGCAUCAUCCGCCCCACCUCACUGACAAGCACGCAGUGCAGCUGCUUGUCGACCACCUCCAAUAUGGCCGCGACGACUAUCGCAUGGGAAACACAAAAAUCUUCAUCCGGUACGCGAAGACAUUGUUCCAGACGGAAGACGCAUUCCAGGCGCGUAAGCAUGAACUGGUGACGAUGAUCCAGAGCCGCUGGAGGGGAUUUGUGCAGCGCCGGAAGUACGUCCAGCUGAGAAACGCGGCCAUAGUCAUUGAGACGUGGACCAGGCGCAUGAUUGCAAAGCGCCAUGCACAGAGGCGGCGCCAUGCUGUCAAAGUCAUCAGGGCAUUCAUUGAAGGCUUCAUCACACGAGGCGGGGAACCAACUGACAUCAACAAGAGAUUCAUCCGCACCGCCCGAGUCCUGUACCUGGAGCGGCUUGCCUCCUCACUGCCCACCAGUCUGCUAUCCAGCAAGUGGCCUGUUCCCCCCAUUGUCUGUAGUCAAGCAUCACAUGAACUGAAAAGACUUCACAGGCUAUGGCUAGCGAAAAAGUACAGAGACAACAUCACACCAGAAAGGAAGAAACAGAUGGAGUUGAAAGUGCUUGCAGAAAAACUAUUCAAAGGUAAAAAGAAGAGCUACCCACAGAGUGUUGGCCAGUUAUUUGUUGACGAUAGAUUGAGUUCUGAUGUGUACAAACCAAUCAAAGGAAACUUCAUCAGUCAACUGCAGAAUGGAGAGAAGCCUGUGUAUUUCGGUGCAGUGUACAAGUUCGACCGGCACGGCUACAAGCGAAGGGACAGAAUCAUGGUUGUGACGAACAGUGCCUUGUACCUUGUCUCCGAAGAGGGCAAGCAGUUCAAGCAAAAGCACAGGCUGUCUUUCGAGAAUAUCCUCAAACUCGAAAUUACCUCCGAGUCCGAUAACUUCCUCCUACUUAGGAUUCCACCUGAACAGAUUGAGAAAGAUAAGGGUGACCUGAUCCUUGAAGUGCCAAACUUGAUCGAAGCUAUAACGAAAAUAAUAUCAGUCACAAAGCAAACCGACUUACUAAAUGUAAACAGCAUCACAUCUGGAACGAUAUCACACAAUUUGAGCGGAGGAAAGCAAGGUAUCAUAGAUAUAACCCAAGGAAUGAACGGGCCGACAAUAUCCAAAGGCAAAAGCGGUCAUCUUAUUAUCGUGGGAUAGUGCAUUGAUCGGACUCUGUUCCAAUUAUUUCGAAUGUUUCCAAAACAUCGAAAACUUAGACUGACGUGAACAACGAAAAAGUUAAACUUUUUAUCACCAUCGACCAUCAUCAAUGAAAUUGUAAUUAGUGAGCCAGUUUAUAAAUAAGCACAUGAACGUCGUGAUAAGUCUAUUGAGUAAGUUACUGAUGUUUUAUCCUAUGACAACAAUAUUUUCCAAUAAGUUGAUAUUAUAGUAGUUGAUGAACUCUUAUAAUAAUAUGUUGUAUAUGUUAUUCAAUUUUUCAAUCAACUCCUCUUACAAUACCCUUGAAUAUAAAAAAAUAAUAUAAUACCCUUAAAUAUUCAAAAUAUUUUAUAUUUCAUGAAUUAUCUUUAUACGUUCUUGUUCUGAACUUUUAAUAUAAAAUUAUCGCUCUCAUAUACAGCAUAGUAUACGCGUUCAUUGAGUCUAUGUUUCAACUUUCAAUCAUUGCUUCUAAACAUAAUAAGUCAUGUUGAGGCGUCCAAGGAGUCCUACAUCGUACAAGAUUUGAUUUGACUAAAAUUUAGAUAAAUCAAUUUCUAGUAUUUUUUCAAUAUUGUGGGAUGAUUCUACCAUUGACAAUUCUCACUAUAAAUGACCAACCAUCGAAAUUUGUAAAAUCAAACUUGUUAUUCUUUAAGUAAGAUUUAGGAUCAAAAUUAAUAAAUUCAAAUUGAGACUUUGAAAAGUAUUGAGAGAAGUUACCUUAGAGUGAAAAACUGCAGAGUGAAUAUAGAAAUGUUGUUAUUAGAUAAGAAAUUAAUAAAGUAUUUAUAUUUUUAAUUUA